AUGGAAAAACGGUGGUUCAAUUCGAUCUUAUCCAAUGUAGAAUUAGGAUACAGGUGUAGGUUAAGUAAAUCAAUGGAUAGUUUUAGUCCUCUUGAAAAUACCAGUAUAAGCGAAGACCCAAUUCUAAACGAUACAGAUAAAAACACCCAUUGUUGGAGUAAUAGUGACAGCUCUAGUUACAGUAAUGUUGAUCAUUUAGUUGGCAUUCGGAAUUUCAGCGUUGAUGAAACUUUUUUAGUUAGGGAUAGUAAUAGGGACAGUUAUUCCAUAUAUUUUGAUAUUGAAAAUCAAGUUUUUGAGAUUGAAACUGAUCAUUCUUUUCUGAAUGAACUAGAAAGUUCUUUUUAUAGUUAUUGGAAUUCGAGUUAUCUGAAUAAUGGGUCUAGCAGUGGUGACUUCCACUAUGAUCAUUAUAUGUCUGAUACUAAAUAUAGUUGGAAUAAUUACAUCAAUAGUUGUAUUGACAAUUAUCUUCGCUCUCAAAUCUGUAUUGAUUUAAGUGGUAGUAACAAUUACAGUGAGAGUUACAUUUAUAGUUACAUUUGUGGUGAAAGUGGAAAUAGUAGUGAAAGUGAGAGUUCCAGUCUAAGAACUAGCACGAAUGGUAGCGAUUUAACUAUAAGAGAAAGUUCUAAUGAUCUCGAUAUAACUCAAAAAUACAAGCAUUUGUGGGUUCAAUGCGAAAAUUGUUAUGGAUUAAACUAUAAGAAAUUUUUGAAGUCAAGAAUGAAUAUUUGUGAACAAUGUGGAUAUCAUUUGAAAAUGAGUAGUUCAGAUAGAAUUGAACUUUCGAUUGACCUAGGCACUUGGAAUCCUAUGGAUGAAGACAUGGUAUCUCUGGAUCCCAUUGAAUUUCAUUCAGAAGAGGAACCUUAUAAAGAUCGUAUUGAUUCUUAUCAAAAAAAGACAGGAUUAACCGAGGCUGUUCAAACAGGCACAGGUCAACUAAACGGUAUUCCCGUAGCAAUUGGGGUUAUGGAUUUUCAGUUUAUGGGGGGUAGUAUGGGAUCCGUAGUAGGGGAAAAAAUCACCCGUUUGAUUGAGUAUGCUACCAAUAAAUUUUUACCUCUUAUUUUAGUGUGUGCUUCCGGAGGAGCACGCAUGCAAGAAGGAAGUUUGAGCUUGAUGCAAAUGGCUAAAAUAUCUUCUGCUUUAUAUGAUUAUCAAUCGAAUAAAAAGUUAUUUUAUGUAUCAAUCCUUACAUCUCCUACGACCGGCGGGGUGACAGCUAGUUUUGGUAUGUUGGGGGAUAUCAUUAUUGCUGAACCUAACGCCUAUAUUGCAUUUGCGGGUAAAAGAGUAAUUGAACAAACAUUGAAUAAGACAGUACCUGAAGGUUCACAAUCGGCUGAAUUUUUAUUCCAUAAGGGUUUAUUCGAUCCAAUCGUACCACGUAAUCCUUUAAAAGGCGUUUUGAAUGAGUUACUUCAGCUUCACGAUUUCUUUCCUUUGAAUCAUAAAUCAAGUAGAGCCUUAAGUUAA